AUGCGUCUAGUAACCCACAAUUUGCUACAAUGCCAUGUCAAAGGUUGUGACACCAACAACUUCCCUUUGGAACUGUCAGAGAUAGAAUGUGAGUCGCAAGAAACGGAUUUUAAUCCACAGUUUCUGCGAACCAUGGUGCCGAAAUUGGAGUGGGACGCGUUGGUUAGAACUGCAAUGAAGCUUGGCAUCACAACCCUUCCGGAUAAAGUACCAGACACGCCAAUCCAAGAGCUCGAUGAAAAGUUUCUGAGAAAUCUUCACACAGUCUUAUUCGAGACACACAUACAACAAGGGAAAAUGACGUGUCCUAAUUGUCAGCACGUGUACCCAAUCAAAGACGGGAUACCGAAUAUGUUAUUGAAUGACAAUGAAGUAUAA